CUUCAAUGUUCUUCACGAAAUUAACCUACCAACUUUUUUAACUGCUUAUUCUUUCUUAUGUGUUAAUGGAUAUGGAAACAAAAGCUAUAAAGUGGCUUUAUCUUUAUGCUCAAUAUUUGUUAUAUGUAAAAAUUUGAUUCAAAUUAGUAGCACUAGUACUACACGGUCUUCUACGAAGACCAGGGCACUAGUACACGGUCUACCAGGA